GGUGAAAGGUAUAUAAGCUCUCGAGCGAGGCUGAGGGGUCCACUGCAGUGAGCAAAUUCAACCUGAGAGAAUCCACUCUAGCUUUUGGAGAUAACCCCCCAAGUAAAAAUAAAUAAAAAUGGCAUUAGCAGCAUCCCUCAACGCGGCUGACAUCACUGCAGCCCUCGCCGCUUGCCAAGCCGCAGACUCCUUCAAGCACAAGGAGUUCUUCAGCAAGGUCGGCCUGUCCGCCAAGAGCGCCAACCAGAUCAAGGAUGCCUUCAAAGUCAUUGACCAGGACAAGAGUGGCUUCAUUGAGAAGGAGGAGCUGAAGCUUUUCCUGCAGAACUUCUGCGCCAGUGCCAGAGCUCUGACCGACGCUGAGACCACCGCCUUCCUGAAGGCCGGAGACGUUGAUGGUGAUGGCAUGAUCGGCAUUGAUGAGUUCGCAGACAUGGUCAAGUGCUAAAUGAAGUGACCCCAACAUCUCACUCCACUACUCUAAAGGAACAUCUUGAGCCGAGACAUACGCCUCCUCUCUUCUUCUCCUUAUCCCUCUCACGCUCUCUCUCUCUUCAAUUCUCCACACCUGUUUUAUACAUUUGACCCUUCUCUCCUCCCCCACCCACCUUACCCCCAACCUCCCCCCCCUGGACCUUAAACAAACUGCUCUCCCCCACUCCUCUCUCUCUUUCUCUCUCUCUCUCUGGCAAAGCUCAACCCUUUGCUCGCCCACUGACUCGUGGACUUUCUCUCUCUCACUCUCUCUCUCUCUCCUGUCCUUGUUUUACUAUGUGAGCUUUGCUUACUGUGAGAUCAGUGAUGAUGCACUUUUAUGGGAAACGGACGGACGAUGAGAAAACAAUAAAGGUUCUUUUUCAAUAACUUUGA